GCUGCCAGGGCCCGUUUUUUUUGUUAUUUUGUUUUUUGUAUGGUUUUUGUCUCGGCUUGCUUGCUUGCUUGCUUGCGUUGUGUCUUCUUCUUCGAUCUUCACUGUCCCACGGGCUUGGAUUCAAGCUAUGCCACUGCUUCUUCUGCUUCUGCUUCUUCUUCGGACUUCUUCGCUUUUCAAUCUUGGUGGUGGUGGUGGUUGUGUGGUUUCGUCAGUGAUCUCAUCACCGUGGUGAUGAAUUUCUAGUUCACGCUCCUCGGGAGCGGUAUAUCUGGUUUCGUUGGAUCCCCCUACUGACCCUGGGAUGGCGACGAAUAUGGCCUUUUGGCGAAAGCCGCUUUGUUGGAUUUUGUUUGUUGGGCUGUUGGUUUAGGUGUUUGUUUUUUCGAGGAGAGGGGGAGAAGGAAGUUCAGUUUUGGGCGUGUCUGUGAAUUAAUCCGUGUGUUGUUCAUCGGAAGGUGCGAAGUAGUACCUUGUUCUGAGAUGUUAGGGCUGUGAAUCUGAGGUUUUGGAUCUUGGGCGGAGAAUGCAUGGAUGACUGCGGGGUCUUUGUCGAUUGCUGAGGAUACGGAGGUGUGUGAGAUUUUGGGUGGUGUGUGAUGGGGAGCGAUGGCGGCUUGUCCGCAGACGCGGAGGUUAUCUCUGCCGUCGACAGUGUGUUGGAUGACGUCGCGAAGCUGGUCAAGGAAUGUAGUGCUUUUCAGGAGGCCGUUUCCUCUCACUCAUCACGAUUGCAAUCCGAAUCGGAUGUUCUUUCUAAGCAGGCAGUUGAACUUGUUGCCUCCAUGAAGCAACUUCAAGCGGAAGUUUAUGCUGCCAGCGAGAAGAAAGAUAUCAGUCACGGCGUGGCAGAAAAGUUAAUGGAUGAGUUGUCUAAGGUGCGAACUAUGCUUUACGACGGAGAUGUGGCGCCACUACUUCCUGCCAAAGCCAAUGGUUUUUUUCUGAGAGCGUUACUGGGGCCUGCCAAUGUUCGAGCGGCACGCAAGGAUGGUCGAUACAAAGUGAAAGAGGAGUACAAUGCUUAUAGGGAUAAUACAACUAUCAUUUUUCUUGUAUUUCCAAUCGUUUUGUUAGCUCUUAAGAAGAAAUUAUGGAAUGAAUGCUUUCCAGCAUUGCCAGUUCAGAUUUAUCAGGCGUGGCUGUUGCUUUUUUACACCAGCCUAGCGAUGAGAGAGAACAUUUUGAGAGUUAAUGGUAGUGAUAUAAGACCAUGGUGGGUGUAUCAUCAUUACCUAGCAAUUGCUAUGGCUCUUGUGAGUCUCACCUGGGGUAUACAAGGUCAUCCUGACUGCUCUCGUAAACAGCAUGGAGUGGAGUUAUUUCUGGAAUGGGCAGUGAUGCAAGGUGUGGCCAUGCUACUCCAGAAUCGUUAUCAGCGUCAACGGCUGUACACAAGGAUUGCCCUUGGCAAGGCUGGGAGGAUGGAUGUAGUUUGGGGAGAGACUUCAGGUGUGAAGGGUCAACUUUGGAUUCUAUAUCCUGUUCUCUUCACUUUGCAGGUAUUCCAAUGUUAUAUUGGAGGCCUCCUGUUGCGGACAGCUGUUGUUGAGGACGAUUGCGAAUGGCAGAUGGUUGUUUGCGGGUUACUAUUGAUUGCCAUGGCUUUUGGUAACUUUUUCAACACCAUAGCCACUUUGGUUGCCAAGGCAAAAAUCAAAGCGAAAAUGAAGAAGAUGAAGCACGUAGCCAAGAACACGUUGCAGGAGAAGGUGCAGAAACAGAAAGCUGCAUCGACUUAGUUGAAGAGAACCUUGUGUAAAGUCGAAUGUGAUCUGAUACACCUCUCUCCAAGCUCUGCACGUCUCCACUAAGAUUCCUCCUUCAAGAGCACAAUAACUGAAGUUUUUGAACAUCAGAAUGUUCACGAUUAGUGUUUGAAGAGUGGAAUACUUAAGAGAGUAAUUUUUUCUUCCUACAGUCUUUUCUUCAUCAUAUUCCAUUACUUCUUGGGGACGUGAAGAGUUCUUUGAAAUGAAGAUGGGUUAGUUUCUGUCAUUUCAGAAAUUUUGGCACAAUGAAGAGUCCAUGGUGGUAACCGUGUUGGGCUAUGGCAAUGGAAGAUCCCUUGGCUUCUUUUCCAAAAU